CGACAAUACUGCUCGGCCAAGCGGCACGUCUAGGUGCUGCGUUAACGCAAUGUCUUCAUCACCCGUGCGACCAGUACGGAGGAUUGCAUCGAGACGGAGAGUAGUCGUAGACGAGGAGAACGGCUCAGAUGUCGAAAACACUGUCGCAAGCCGAGCACCGGAAAAUGAUGAGGAAGACUUCACAACUGCACCUGCGCGAGGCGCUCGCGCAUCGCCAAGGCGAAAGACGACAGGAAAUGCAGUAUCCGCGAUAUCACCAGGAAAACGAGGCAAUGGCGUACGGCGGGCAAGGACUGGCGAGUCAGUCGAUAUGUCUGCUUUGGAACCUUCGCAGAUGUUCAGUCCGCCACCCGAGAGCGUUGCGGACGAUCAGCCUCCAUCGCCAACGAGACCAUCACCGCCUAAGAGGCGGAGCGUGAAGGAUGCGAGAGCGGCGCGAAAGAGUCGAGCUCCGCGAGUUUCGAUAGCACCGGACCCGCCGCAGUUGGAGCAUUCACACCUGCCGACUCCCGAGGCUACUGCUUCGCCUGAGCCUGUGCCGACACCUGCAUCGCGACAAGGCACGCCUUUGACGGACAUUACAGAGACGGCAAUCAAUGAGCGCACACCUACGCUUGCGCAGCGGCAUGUUACGCUCCAGGAGGAUGCGGCAGUAGAAGGCGCAGAGAACGCACGCACUCCGAAAGCCGAAGUCAACAUGGAGGUGAAGCGGAUCGAUCCAUCCGUCAGCAAGCUCGAAAGGCCCCUGGAUAUCGUAGUGCGCAAGAAAGCACUUGGCAUUCCUUUAUCGCAAGAGCCUGCCGUACGGAAUGCGCGCAUGACCAUCACCUACUUGAUUCUUACGAACUUCAAGUCCUACGCCGGCCGGCAAGUAGUAGGGCCUUUUCAUGCAUCCUUCUCGUCAGUCGUCGGUCCCAAUGGUUCUGGCAAAUCCAACGUCAUUGACAGCCUAUUAUUCGUCUUCGGCUUCCGAGCAAGCAAGAUGCGCCAGGGCAAGAUCUCCGCACUCAUCCAUAACAGCGCUCGAUAUCCGGACUUGGACUUCUGCGAGGUAGAAGUGCACUUCCAGGAGGUCAUGGAUUUGCCGGGUGGCGGUGCAGAAGUGGUACCUGAGUCGAAGCUGGUGAUCUCGAGACGGGCAUUCAAGAACAACAGCAGCAAUUACUACAUCGAUGGUAGGAAGUCCGACUUCACCACCGUCACAACCCUACUGAAAGACCGAGGCGUCGAUCUGGACCAUAAGCGCUUCCUUAUACUGCAGGGUGAAGUCGAGAGCAUAGCCCAGAUGAAGCCCAAAGCGCAGGGUGAGCAUGACGAUGGGCUAUUAGAGUAUCUAGAGGACAUCAUAGGAACUUCGCGGUUCAAGACCCCGAUCGAAGAGGCAGCAGCCAAGACCGAAGAACUCAAUGAAGUCUGUCUGGAGAAACAGAGCCGUGUCCGGCAUGUGGAGAAGGAGAAGAACGGGCUCGAGGAGAAGAAGAACAAGGCAGUGUCAUUCAUUAACGACGAGAACGAUCUCGCCUUGAAGCAAUCCGCGCUGUAUCAGAUCUAUAUCGCCGAAUGCGGAGACAAUAUCGCUGUCACAGAGGAGGCGGUGGGACAGACCCAGGCGGAGCUUGAUCAAGAACUGCAGCGGCAUGGUGGUAGCGAGGAUGAGGUCAACAAGCUUGAGCGGCGGUACAGAGCUGGUGCGAAGGAGUAUGAGAAGCUCGAGGGCAGCGCGCAAGCCAUCCUUACGGAGGUCGCGAAGCUGGACAAAGAAACGGUGAAAUUCGUGGAGAAGGAGAAGUUUUUGGCUAAUAAGCGUAAGAAGCUCGAGAAGAGUGUUGAGGGCGCGAAGAUGGGCGUGCAUGAGGCCGAGACGCUGGGUAAGCAAGCCGAAGAAGAUCUCACGCGACUAACUGGCGAAAUCGACACGUUGGAGGCGGAAAUGGCAGACGAGGAGCAAGAGCUCGCACGGGUUCGUGAGAGCUUGAAGGGCAAGACGCAAGGUCUGAGUGAUCAGAUCGCAGCCAAGCAGCGACAACUGGAACCCUGGAAUGCAAAGAUCAGUGAGAAGCAAUCUGCCAUGGCCGUGGCGCAGAGUGAACUCGACAUCUUGCGGGAGCGCGAGAAUGCGGGUGCGACUGCUGUUGCUGAGUUAGAGGCUAAGAUUGCGACCCUAACCGAGCAGAGAGAUGCGAAGGCUGCGCAGUUGCAAGAGUGCGCACAAGGACGCAGAAGGAGCGAGAGGGAGAUAGCUACCGUGCGGAAGCAAGUUGAACAGCUUGCUGCACGAGAAGUAAGCCUCAAGGUUCAGCUCACAAGUUUCAGAGCGAAAGCGGAUGAGGCUAGGGCGAGCUUGUCGGCAACACAGAGUCAAGGCGUCGUACUGACCGGUCUCACUCGUCUCCGUGACUCUGGACGUAUCGAUGGCUUCCAUGGUCGGCUAGGCAAUCUUGCCAGCAUUGACGCCAGAUACGAUGUGGCGAUAUCGACCGCUUGCCCUUCGCUCGACAACUUGGUCGUCGACUCUGUGGAAGUCGGGCAGCAGUGUAUCGAGUAUCUCCGGAAGAACAACCUAGGCAGAGCCAACUUCAUCUGUCUUGAUCGGCUCCCACAACGCGAUCUUGGUGGGGUGGGGACGCCGGAGAAUGUGCCUAGACUCUUCGAUCUUGUGAAGAGCAAGGAGGAGCGCUUCAAGCCGGCGUUCUACAGUGUGUUGCAGAACACGCUCGUAGCGAAGGAUCUUGAGCAAGCGAACCGCAUCGCUUACGGCGCCAAGAGAUGGCGCGUUGUUACGCUGGAGGGACAGUUGAUCGACAAGUCCGGAACAAUGAGCGGUGGCGGCACGAGGGUGGCAAAGGGUGGCAUGAGUUCCAAGUUGACCGCUGAUGUAACAAAGGAGCAGGUAGCCAAAAUGGAGGUGGACCGUGAUGCUCUAGAGAAUGAGUAUGCGGAGCUGCUCGAGCAGACGGGCGAGCUUGAGGCGCAAAUCAAGGAGGGCGAGGCCAGCGUGCCGGAGCUCGAAACCACAGCGCAAAAGUUUGCACUUGAGGUGGAGAGCCUUGAGCGCAACAUCGCUGACGCCGAGAAAAGAGUGAAGGAGCUGAGUGCUGAUGCGAAGUCUUCGAAGACCGACACCGCGAAAGUCGCUGGCUUGGAGAAAACGAUCGCGAAGUUGGAGGCGGAGAUUAAGAAGUUGCAAGCCGAGACUGCCGGCAUUGAGGAGGAGAUCAGGGCGCUUCAGGACCAGAUCAUGGAAGUUGGCGGCGUCAAGCUGAGAUUGCAGAAGGUGAAGGUGGACGGCCUGAAGGAGCAAAUCGAGUCGCUCAAUGAGCGUUUGAGCGAAAGCGAGACCUCCAAGGCGAAAGCUGAGAAGCAAAGAACGAAGUAUGAGCAUGCGCUCGUAGAGGCCGAGAAGGACAUGGAGAAGGUGGCUGUUGAUGUUGGAAAGGUGGAGGCGGAGCGGAAGACGCAAGGCGCAGAGACUGCGGGCUGCAGACGCAAAGCUGAAGAAGCAGAGCAGGAGUUGGAAGAGAAGAGAGAAGCUUUGGCGGAGGUCAAAGCUGAACUCGAUCGAUUAGUCGCGGAGCUCAACGAGACCAGAGGCGUAGAGGUUGAGAUGCGCAAUCGGCUUGAAGAGAACAAGAAGAUUCUGCUCGACAACCAGAAGCGCUUAGCUUACUGGCAGGAGAAGCUGGGCAAACUUACUAUUCUCAACAUCACCGACGACAACGGCAGCUCGGAAGAGGAGAAGACGGCCGAGCCGGUGCCUGAGCUAAGCCGUGACGAGCUGGCAGACCUUAACAAGAACGACCUGAAAGCGGCCAUUGCAGCGCUCGAAGAGCGCCUCGCGAAGUCCGCUUCGGUCGACCUUGCAGUCCUGACGGAGUAUCGUCGUCGCUGCCAUGAGCACGCCACGCGCCUGUCCGAUUUGCAGUCGGCGCUCACAGCCCGGGACGCGGCCAAACGGCAUGCCGACGACCUCCGGCGCGCUCGCCUCGAAGGCUUCAUGGAGGGCUUCAGUAUCAUCUCGCUUCGGCUGAAGGAGAUGUACCAGAUGAUCACCAUGGGCGGCAACGCCGAGCUCGAGCUUGUGGACAGCUUGGAUCCGUUCGCAGAAGGCAUCUUGUUCAGUGUAAUGCCGCCGAAGAAGAGUUGGAAGAACAUUGGCAAUUUGUCCGGAGGAGAGAAGACGUUGAGCUCUUUGGCGCUGGUGUUUGCGCUACACCACUAUCGGCCUACGCCGCUUUAUGUGAUGGAUGAGAUUGAUGCGGCGUUGGAUUUCCGGAAUGUCUCGAUUGUUGCGGCCUACAUUAAGGAGCGCACGAAGAAUGCGCAGUUCAUUGUCAUUUCGCUGCGCAACAACAUGUUCGAGCUGGCGUCGCGGUUGGUUGGAGUUUACAAAGUCAACCAUAUGGUAAGUAGCCUUGCUCGGCUAAACCCCUCUCUCAUGACGCUGUCGCUGACGCUCUGAACAGACGAAGAGCGUUACUGUCGAAAACCGGGAUUAUGUUGUGCCUAUAGCACGGUAAUGACGAAGGGGGA